UUUAGUAUAAUAUACAACUAAUAAAAUUGAAAAAAUGGAGAAUAAAAUAAAAUAUUUUUGGAAAAACAAUUCAAGUUAUAUAUCAACAGAACGAUUUAAUCUGCUGUUAUUAGCUCCUGGCGAAAUUUAUUUUGAAGACUUUAGCGUUUAUUAUUAUUCAUCACAGCUCAAUGAAAAUGAGGCUGUCAGAAAGAGACAAAAAGGAAGACUAAAAGUUUGCUCAAAGUCAGUCUUGUUUGAGCCACUAGAUUCCACUUAUCCUAUAUUAAAGUUUUUAUAUAAAGAUGUCAUCCAUGCUGGUAAAUGGUCUGGCUCUGCGUUUUCGAGGCUUGAUCAGAAAGGAGAAGUUGUUGUCAUUGAAUCCAAAAUGUGUAUUUCAAUGAAGGAAGGGAAUAUAGUAGCUCCUUACAAAUACUCACGUGAAAAACGAAAAUAUUUAUUUUCAUUGAAUUUCGUUGGGACAAAUGGUAUUCUUCCACAGAUUGAACAGUUACUGCGAGCCAAUACAUUAAAUCCUCACGAAGAAGCUGCCAUGAUCUCAACAAUAGUUGAGGCUCGACAAGCAAGACUGAAUUUUAACACCAGUUGGAUCGAAGAUCUUUAUGAGAACAUUAUUCACGAAGCUUCCGCAUCUAAAAUCACUCCUUUAGUCUGCAAUCCUGGACGUUUACUUGUAACCUCGAAACGUUUAUACUUCCAACCAUUCAAUAACGUAGAACCUGAACCAGUCAUGAAAAUUAAUUUAUCUAAUAUAAAAUACAUCACCAAACGUCGAUAUCUUCUCAGACAUGUUGGUAUUGAAAUAUUCCAAAAAGAAAAUAAUACAGACGUUUACUUUAUCUUUUCAAACCAAAAUGAGCGGAAUAUUUUCUACGAUCAUAUUUUGAGACAAGAAGAACUGCAGUUAGUUGAGGAUAAACAAGAAAAUAUGACAUUAAAAUGGCAAAACGGUGUAUUGUCAAAUUUUGAUUAUUUGAUGUAUCUGAACAGCAAAGCAGAUCGAAGUUUUAAUGAUUUAACACAAUACCCUGUCUUUCCUUGGAUCAUAAAAGAUUACACUAGCGAAACAUUAGAUCUUGAUAAUCCAGAUACAUUACGUGAUCUUUCAAAACCAAUUGGAGCACUUGGAAAAGAACGGUUGCAGCAAUUAAAAGAACGAUGUAAAGGAAUGCCUGAACCGAAAUUUCUGUAUGGCUCACAUUAUUCCACACCAGGCUUUGUAUUAUAUUACCUUGUGAGAGUAGCACCAGAAUUCAUGUUGUGUUUACAGAACGGAAAAUUUGAUAAAGCUGACAGAUUGUUCAACAGUUUGUUGCCAACUUGGAAUAACUGCUGUACAGGACAUUCCGAUUUUAAAGAAUUGAUUCCAGAAUUUUACAAUUCUGAUGGGAAUUUUCUUUGCAACUCACACAAUUUACAUUUGGGUGUAAAACAAGAUGGUAACCGCGUAAAUGAUGUUCACCUUCCACCAUGGGCUAAUGGAGCAGCAGAUUUCAUUGCUAAGUGUAGGCAGGCGUUAGAAUGUGAUUUUGUGUCACAAGAAAUUCACAACUGGAUCGAUUUAAUCUUUGGUUACAAGCAGACUGGUGAAGAAGCAUGGAAAGCAGAUAAUGUCUAUUAUUACUUAACAUAUGAAGGAGCAAUCGAUUUAGACAGCAUCGAAAAUGAAAAUGAACGAAAAUGCUAUGAGGCACAGAUCCUUGAGUUUGGACAGACACCAAAGCAGUUGUUUACGAAGCCACAUCCGAAACGUCAAGAUAAAACAGCAGUACUUCCACUACCAACUCAACAUGCACCAAUUGAUGACGAAACAUACCCUGAAAGUAUUCCUAUUGCUGAGCUGGACUCAAAAUUAGACGGUCUAGCUGUGGUCGAAGUAACUGGAAACUCAUUGCAAUGGGUGGCCAACACAAUACUCAAAUCUUCUGCUAAACUUCACAAGGGGCCAGUGGAUGGCAUGGCUAUCUCAGAAAAUGAAGAUUUCAUACUGUCUGUAUCUCAAGACACACAACUUAAAAUGUACUCAGUACAAAAAGAAGAACAAAUUAGAAGUAUGAACCUCUCAAAUAUGGCUUUAUCUUGUUGUCAGCUGGUUGAUGACGAGAAACAUAUUUUGAUUGGCUGUUGGGAUAAUCAAAUAUAUACAUAUUCUAUCGAAUUUUCACGGGUGAUUGAUGGUACGCAUGCGCACUACGAUGCUGUGACCUGUUUACGUUUGAAGAAAGAUACGCUCAUAUCUUCAUCGUGGGAUUCUACUGUCAAGAUUUGGAGUCGAGAUGCUUCAAAUAAGAAGUCGCCUCUAUCGUUGCUGGGUGAGGUUGACCACGACACAGAAGUUUUGUGUUGUGAUUUAUUUGUUGACGAUUCUGUGAAGCUGUUUGUGUCAGGAACAAAAGAUGGUACAGUUACACUAUGGAAUGCUGAUUUACUAAUGCUGGUUUUCCAACAUUCAUUGCAUACUGACUCUGUUACAGAAGUGUUAUUCAGUCCAGACGGUAGCCGAAUUUUAACGUGCAGUUUGGACGAGCAUAUAAGAGUGAUUGAUGUUAACACAGAGGUUGAAGUGUAUUGCAAAUGUUUAGGCGAGGGAAUAAGAUGUGCAUGCUGGGAUGGCCAUAUUGUUGUUGCAGGUGGAGAAUCUGGUGACGUUAUCGUAUGGGAUCUGAUGAAGGACAAAUGUUUGACACGACUUCAAUCUCACCACGGUGCUGUUCAUAGUUUGUCGUACAACUUGAAGAAACAACUUCUUACAACAGGUGGCGCAGAUGGAACGAUAGCAAUAUGGCAACAUUCUUCUCUGUAGAAACAUUCUUAGAGUCUUGUUGAUACAUGCGUUAUUGUGGGUGGCUUGGUUCGUGGAAAGCAAAUGAGAGAUAUGACAAAGAUGGCGUACUUGUUGCGUGUGUAUUGUUUUUAUUUUUUCGCGGUGGCGUAAUAAAGUCUAGCAUUCUUUAUGGGUGUUUUAUAAAUGCUAAGAUAUUCCGUUCCGUAAAAUAUGAUCUCAUGGUUUUUUGAAGGCUUAGUGUUGGAUGUAAAAUGGCCAACGUUUUUUAUAUAUAGGAUAUGUUAUUGAAUAAUAUAUAAUUAUCAUGUCUUGAACAAAAACAACAAGCGAGUUUAUUCUAAGCUACGUUUCGACAGCUACAGCUGUCAUCGACGAGCAGUAAUCGAAUCUAUAUUUGGGUAUGUAUUAGAUGAGGAGAUAAUUAGAGGAAAUUAGCCAAUCAGAUCACGACAAUUUAUGUAAUUUAUUUCCCCGACACUAUACUUUUUCUGUUUGAAUGUAAUGUUUGGCUUAUACUGAUCUAUGGGUAUUGAUAUAUUAACAUGUCAUAUUACCAAUUUCUAUUUAUCAUUAUAUUUUUAUAUAGAUAUAUAAUUUUUUUUCACUAAAAUGUCAGUCUUAGACUUGAGUAAAUUUUCUAUUUUUGUUCAA